CAUGUGUAUCUUACAUACUUUGGAAACGAGCACUUUACAAUGACAUGUCCAGGUAUGUCUGUUGUGCUGGUUAUAUGCCCUGCAGCGGCAAGUGUUAUGAAAGUUCUUGUACUGAACUUUGCCUUGGCACUGAGGGGUUUAUGUUAUGCCUUCAACAAGUUGCAUGCAUAUUUUCCAUGGUUGCAUGCAUUGUUGGAAGUGAUGAACUUCGGGAGGCUUCUCAGAUUUUGAAUUUGUUGGCUGAUCUAGUUUAUUGCACGGUUUGUGCAUGCAGGCAGGUAUGCAACUAUGCAAUUGACUCACUCUUAUAUAUGAGUUUAUGCCCAACGGAUCUCUUGAGAAGCUCAUUUUCUCAAUGAUAAACAACUCAAAUCAUCGUCCAUGGAGUUGGGAGAAGCUACUAAACAUUGCAAUUGGUGUUGCACGUGGAAUAGAGUACUUGCAUCAAGGAUGUAACCAAAGGAUCCUUUGUUUUGAUAUCAAGCCACAUAAUAUAUUACUAAAACAUAAUUUUCAACCAAAGAUUUCAGAUUUUAGGCUUGCCAAGCUAUGCUCAAAAGAACAAAGCAUCGUAUCAUUGACAGCUGCUCGAGGAACUGGUUAUAUUGCUCUAGAGCUCUUCUCCAGACACUUUGGAGUGGUAUCUUAUAAGUCUGAUGUGUAUAGCUAUGGAAUGAUGUUAUUAGAGAUGGUUGGAUGCCAAAAGAAUAUGGAUAUUACAAUUGAGAGUGA